GCAACGUGUGUCGUUACAAUUAACAUUCAAGAGACAUGAUUAUGAUAUAAAAUUAUUGAUAAUAAUACUUCAAUCAAUACCAAAUAAAUAUCCAAGAUGAAAACCAGGCUUUUUGUUUUCUUGAGUAUCCUUUAUCUAACUUGUGAUGUUAAUGCAAAAGUGCCGCCAAUAGUUUUAUGGCAUGGAAUGGGUGACAGUUGUUGUUUCUCCUUUAGUUUGGGAGCUUUUUCCGAAAAACUUAAUAGUACUCUUGGGGGUACGUACAUUCACUCAAUUCAGAUUGGAAACAAUCUUAUUGAAGAUGUCUUAAAUGGAUUUUUUAGACAUCCUGACCAACAAAUUGAUGAAGUAUGCGAAAAACUAGGUUCGGAUCCUGAACUUGCGAGUGGUUUCAAUGCCAUUGGGUUUUCACAAGGAGGUCAAUUUCUGAGAGCUUUGGUACAAAGAUGUCCAAAAGUAAAAGUUCUAAAUUUAAUCUCCUUGGGUGGUCAACAUCAAGGUGUUUAUGGCCUUCCUAGAUGUGCUAUUAUAUCGGAAGUUUUAUGUGAUUAUAUAAGACAGUUGUUAAAUGGAGCUGCAUAUGAGGACUUCGUACAAAAAGAUUUGGUACAAGCCACCUACUGGCAUGACCCACUGGACGAAAACCUUUACAAAGAAAAAAGUACCUUUUUGGCUGAUAUUAACAACGAAAACACGAUCAACGCAGAAUACAGUGAAAGAAUCAAGUCCUUAGAAAACUUGGUUCUCGUGAAAUUUUUAAAUGAUACCAUGGUAGAGCCUGUGGAAAGUGAGUGGUUCGGAUUUUACAAACCAGGACAAGCUGAAGAAAUUUUGCCUUUGUUAGAAUCGCCUCUCUAUACAGAAGAUCGGUUGGGGUUAGGAACAUUAUACGCAUCAAAAAAGCUGCAUUUGCUCCAAGUCGAAGGUGAACAUCUGAGAUUCAAAUGGGCGUGGUUCGAAGAAAAUAUUUUACCCUAUUUAAAAGAAUAGAUCAAUAAUAUAUUAUUGUAAAUAAAAGACGUUUAAUAUUA